UUAUAUAUACCCAAACACAUGCUAAUGGAUAGACAUUCAAAGUGUGGAGAAAAGGGAGAGAAAGGAGAAGCAAUAAUUAAUGGACAACACUACCCUUCCUCUACACCUCUCCCAUGUUCAGAAAUCAUCUUCCAUUAUCAACCGAUCACACACUCUCCUCCACUCCACAGCACUAAUAGCCCUGAUUUACUACAGAAUUGCUUCUUUCUUCAAACCUAGUGACCUUCCAACUACCUUUUCAUGCCUUUUAGUCUUCACCGGUGAACUCAUACUCUCUUUCAUAUGGUUCUUGGGCCAAGCUUAUCGGUUCCGGCCUGUUACCCGGACCGUCUUUCCGGAAAGGUUGCCGGAAAAUGUAGAACUACCGGCCGUUGACGUGUUCAUAUGCACUGCGGAUCCGAGUAAAGAGCCUACUUUGGAGGUUAUGAACACAGUUAUAUCGGCAAUCGCUCUGGACUACCCGCCGGAUAAGCUCCACGUGUACCUUUCAGAUGAUGGGGGUUGUUCUGUGACUUUGGAAGCCAUGAAGGAGGCUUGGAGAUUUGCUAAGGGCUAUUGGGUGCCCUUUUGUAGGGCAUAUGGCAUUAAAACCAGAUGCCCCGAGGCUUAUUUUUUUGGAGAAGAGGGUAAUACUGAGAGUUCUCCGGGUGGUGAAUUCAUGGCCGAUAGGGAGAAAGUUAAGGAAAAAUACGAGAACUUCAAGAGUCGUGUGAUGAGGAUUAGGCAAAAUUCAACCAUCAUUGUCAACCGAGAUCAUGUUGCGGUUAUCGAGGUGAUAAAUGAUGCAUCCAUUGAUGAAGCAAGUCAAGAAGACAAGGCAGAAGAGAUGCCUCUCCUGGUUUAUGUCUCGCGCGAGAAAAGGCCUUCUCUUCCCCAUCAUUUCAAGGCUGGAGCUCUUAACGUCCUUCUUCGAGUAUCGGCGAUGAUAAGCAAUUCUCCUUACAUACUGGUGUUGGACUGCGACAUGUAUUGCAAUGACCCAACAUCCGCCCGUCAAGCAAUGUGUUUCCACCUCGAUCCGAAGAUCUCCCCUUCUCUGGGUUUUGUUCAGUUCCCUCAGAAAUUCCAUAACAUCAGCAAGACUGAUGUCUAUGACAGCCAGUUGAGAUAUGUUUUUAAGGUACUAUGGCAAGGAAUGGAUGGGCUUCAGGGACCACUUGUGUCUGGUACCGGCUUUUACAUAAAGAGAGAGGCACUGUAUGCAAAUCCCAUAAGAGAUGUCGACGUCAUGGAACUUAAACAGUAUUUUGGCCCAUCCAAUGAGUUCAUCAAAUCCUUUGGCCGGCAUUACAAGCCUAAAGAUCACCAGCACUCCUCAAGUGUAACAUUGAUGAAAGAAACCCAAUAUUUAGCGUCUUGUGCUUACGAAAACGAAACCAAAUGGGGCAAAGAGGUUGGUUUCUUGUAUCUUUCUGUGGCGGAAGAUUACCUUACAAGCCUCGUCAACAUGCACUGCAAAGGAUGGAAAUCGGUUUAUUGUGAUCCGGUGAGGCCUGCAUUUUUGGGUGCCGGCACCACAAACCUGAAUGAUGUGUUGGUUCAGUCCACAAGAUGGAGUUCUAGUUUGGUAGAAGUUGGUCUCUCAAGAUUCUGUCCUCUUAUAUAUGGGCCAAAGAAAAUGUCUGCUCUUCAAACCAUGUGCUAUGGAGAACUCGCAUUUUUCCCUUUCUAUUUUUUGCCACUUUGGUGCUUUGCAACCAUCCCUCAGCUGUGUCUACUGAAUGACAUUGCCGUAUAUCCUGAGGCUUCAAACUGGUUUUUCAUGGUAUUUUCGUUCGUUUUCCUGUCAUCCGUAUCCAAACACAUACAAGAGGUCCUCUCAACUGGAGGCUCAAUGAGGUCAUGGAUAAAUGAACAGAGAAUUUGGAUGAUCAAAUCAGUUACAUGCCAUUUGUACGGAAGUUUGGACGCGAUUAUGAAGAGACUUGGUAUGAGAGAAGCCAAGUUUAUGAUCACCAAUAAAGUCAUCGACGAUGAGCAAACCAGAUUAUACCAAACGGGUAAAAUCGAUUUCCAGACAUCAAUUAUGUUACUUGCUCCAUUGGUAAUAUUAACCAUUAUAAACGUUGUAUCAUUUGUUGGAGGAGUCACAAGAGCAAUGGUCACAGGAAAGUUCAGCUAUAUGUUCAUACAAGUUUUUCUUUCGCUUUUCAUCGUAACGAUGGGUUACCCUGUUAUCGAAGGCAUGAUAUUGAGGAAGGACAAGGGGCGGAUUCCGCCAUCUGUCACAAUCUUAUCUGUUUUGGUUUCUACGAUUUUCUUGUCUUUGGGAUCUCUUGUUCUCAAUGUAUUAUUGAAAUGAAGAUUGUCACCGUAUGAAUGUUCAUUGUGUUUUCAAUGGUGAUGUGGUGUAGUACAUUGAUCCAUGGGGUCUAAUUAAUUUUAUUGGUCAUAUAGAAGGUA